AUGGAAGAAGAGAAAGGAAGAAGCAAGUUCAGAAGGGUGUGUGUUCUCUGUGGAAGCAACUCUGGACAUAGGAAAAUCUUCAGCGAGACUUCUCUUGAAUUGGGAAAUGAACUGGUGAAGAGGAAGAUAGACUUGGUAUAUGGUGGAGGAAGUGUUGGCUUGAUGGGUUUGAUAUCCAAGACAGUAAAUGAUGGAGGCUGUCAUGUUCUUGGGAUAAUUCCGAAAUCUCUCAUGCCUCUAGAGAUAUCAGGAGAAACAUUUGGAGAAGUGAGAACGGUUUCGGACAUGCACGAACGCAAAGCGGCAAUGGCCCGAGAAGCCGAUGCCUUUGUUGCUCUUCCUGGUGGAUAUGGAACAAUGGAAGAAUUGCUGGAGAUGAUAACAUGGUCCCAACUUGGAAUACAUAAGAAAACUGUUGGUUUGUUAAACGUCGACAGUUACUACAAUAAUUUGCUCACAUUAUUCGACAACGGUGUUAAAGAAGGUUUCAUCAAGCCAGGUGCUAGGCAUAUAAUUGUCUCUGCUCCAAAAGCCAAAGAACUUAUGGAGAAGGAGCAAUACAAAACUUCCGACCAACACGUGGCUCCUCAAGAAAGCUGGCCACUAGUAGAUAAAAAAUAUGUGCAAAGAUCAACCUUAGCAAGGUCACCAACAGCGCUGACGCGUCACUUCAACAACCGGUCGUGUUGUUGA